CUGGUGCCUAUAAAACCACUUUCCUAAGUUAUGGAUGGUUUUGACCGCAUACAACCAUGUCCCAGCAAGACCUAGACCCGGUUGACCUCAACUCGUUGAUGUUGCGGGACGCUAGUACCCGUCUUACUAGCUGUGCUGUGACAGAGUUCAACGAUUGGUCAAUCAGACAUCCAUAUAUCGUAGCUGGAGCUCUACUCUGCAUCAUUGGAACUCCUGAACUCCUUCUGACACCAUUGCGGCUCGCGCGUUAUAUAUGCUUCUCCCCAUUUCGGUUGAUCCUUUGGCCGUUCAAGCUCUUGACUAGGUUUAUCCUGUAUAUUUUCGGUUUUAGGAGAGAGGGUGUAGCAAAAGGUUCAUACGCAGCCCGAUACCAAUCCCGUCGUUAUGGUGGCUACGUACCACCGCAGUCUACCUUUUCAAAAUUCCAGGCCGUGACGCAUGGGGCUACCGAUGAUCUUGAGGACGGAGACGAAACAAAAUCGACGUUUGCGGCUCCUGUGUCUUUCAUAGCAUUUAUUGGACUUUGGUUUGUCUUGGGUAGGGCGUGGGGAUGGUGGUAUUGAUGCUGUGGGCGGUAUUGUGGAUGUUCGAUGGAGGGAGUUGAGUCAGUGUCAGCAACAUGCAAUAUUUGUGAUGCUAUACUCAUUAACUGAUGCAACUUAUAAGUAUGAGGCAUAUUCGUCUACUCAGUAGAACGACGCGUUCCCGUAAAUUUGUCGUCAACUUGCGUAACCCCGUCGUACUGCUUAGUAUUGGAAAGUGUUGUGUUGAAAAUAACAC